CCACUGCGCGCGGAUCUGCACUCCCGGACUUUCUCGCGCUCAUCCCGCUAAAAGGCGGGAGAAUCUGCGGCACCUCCGGACUCCAGCCCGCGGGAUUCAGCACGGAUUAUCACGACCACUUUAGCGGAGGUUUGCGGCGAUUUCACAGCGCGCAGAGACGCAGCGGUGGAUCCGAAAACGGCUCUUCACAAUAAACAAAGUCGCAGGUGGUAAGCUGAUUCCCUCUUAGCAUAUCUUCAUGUAUGAUCAGACAGAACUCUCAGUGUCCAGUCCAUGGCUCUCCCCUGCCUCUGACGCUCCCUCCUCACCCUCUUUCUCCCUCAUAAAGCGCUGAACGGCCACCUGUGCUUGCUCCGUCUCCGUGUAACCAUGUCAUCCGCAGUUCGAGCUUUGCUGCUUGUGCUGCUAGGAGCUGGGGUCCUGCUGUCCAGUGGUGACUCCCCCCGUCGAGAAAUUAAGAUAGACGGGGACUUGGUCCUGGGAGGCCUCUUCCCUAUCCACGAGAAGGGCCUUGGCAUGGACGAGUGCGGCCGCAUCAACGAGGAUCGGGGCAUCCAAAGGCUGGAGGCCAUGCUCUUUGCCAUAGACCAGAUCAACCGUGACGUCAGCCUGUUGCCAGGCGUAGCCCUGGGAGUCCACAUCCUGGACACAUGUUCUAGGGACACCUACGCAUUGGAGCAAGCACUGGAGUUCGUCAGAGCCUCACUGACCAAGGUGGACGACAACGAGUUUAUCUGCCCCGAUGGCUCUUAUGCCUUCCAGGAGGACAGCCCACUGGCUAUUGCUGGGGUCAUCGGAGGGUCCUAUAGCAGCGUCUCCAUACAGGUUGCGAACUUGUUGCGCCUUUUCCAGAUCCCUCAGAUCAGCUAUGCCUCCACCAGUGCUAAGCUCAGUGACAAAUCGCGCUAUGACUAUUUUGCUCGAACAGUCCCCCCGGACUUCUACCAGGCAAAAGCCAUGGCUGAGAUCCUGCGCGCCUUUAACUGGACCUAUGUCUCCACGGUGGCUUCUGAGGGCGACUAUGGUGAGACUGGCAUUGAGGCCUUUGAGCAGGAGGCCCGUAUGCGGAACAUAUGCAUUGCCACGUCAGAAAAGGUGGGUCGCUCCAACGCUAAGCGCUCCUCGUACGAAGCAGUGGUGCGGCAGCUCCUGCAGAAGCCCACGGCCCGUGUGGUGGUGCUCUUCUUGCGCAGCGAUGAUGCCCGUGAGCUCUUAGGUGCCGCCACUCGUCUCAAUGCCUCCUUCCUGUGGGUGGCCAGCGAUGGCUGGGGGGCGCAGGAGAGCAUCGUCAAAGGCAGUGAGUUUGCAGCCGACGGAGCCAUCACCCUGGAGCUGGCGGCCCACCCAAUCCCCGAAUUCAAUCGCUACUUUCAGAGCCUCAAUCCACUCAACAACCACCGGAACCCUUGGUACAAAGACUUCUGGGAGCAGAAGUUCCAGUGCUCCUUGGGUGGGACGUCGUCAUCGGCAGGGCUGGGCACUCCCAAACCACCCUGCGACCCAGGGCUGGCAGUGGAUGAGUCCAACUUUGAACCCGAGUCCAAAAUCAUGUUUGUGGUGAAUGCAGUGUAUGCCAUGGCGCACGCCCUGCACCGCAUGCAGCGGACACUAUGUGCUAAUACCACACGCCUGUGUGACGCAAUGCGCAGUCUCGAUGGCAGGAGGCUGUACCGGGACUUUCUACUUCACAUCAGCUUCAGAGCUCCAUUCUCCGCUCCAGGAUCAGAGAACGUGGUAAAGUUUGACCAAUAUGGAGACGGCAUGGGUCGCUACAACAUCUUCAACUACCAACGCUUGCCAGGCAGUGACAGAUACACCUAUGUCCAGGUGGGCGAGUGGGCAGAAACUCUCUCCCUCAAUGAGUUCCUGAUUGGUUGGCCAAGGGGUGGCAUGAUGCCAACAUCCCAGUGCAGUGACCCUUGCGCUCUCAACGAGAUGAAGAAGAUGCAGGCGGGUGAGUACUGCUGCUGGAUCUGCACGGCUUGUGAGGCCCACGAGUACCUGCCUGAUGAGUUCACGUGCGCACCCUGUUCUCUGGGCCAGUGGCCCCGGGCUGACCUGAGUGGCUGCUACGACCUGCCAGAAGACUACAUCAUGUGGGAGGAUGCUUGGGCCAUCGGCCCCAUCUCCAUUGCCUGUGUGGGCUUUGUUUGCACCUCCUUAGUCUUUAUUGUCUUCAUUCGGCACAAUGACACGCCCCUGGUCAAGGCCUCAGGCCGGGAGUUGUGCUACAUCCUGCUGCUUGGCGUCCUCAUGUCCUAUACCAUGACCUUUGUCUUCAUCGCCAAGCCCUCGCCGGCUGUGUGCGCACUGCGGCGCUUGGGCCUAGGCACCUCCUUUGCCGUCUGCUACUCAGCGCUGCUGACCAAGACCAACCGCAUUGCCCGCAUCUUCAGUGGUGUGAAAGAAGGCGGGGCGCAGCGACCACGCUUCAUCAGCCCCAGCUCACAGGUCUUCAUUUGCCUGUCACUCAUCUCCGUGCAGCUGCUGCUGGUAUCUGUUUGGCUACUCCUGGAGGUGCCAGGCACACGCCGCUUCACUCUGCCCGAGAAGCGCCAGACGGUGAUCCUCAAGUGCAACGUGCGCGAUUCCAGCAUGCUGCUGUCACUGAGCUAUGAUGUGGUGCUGGUGGUGCUCUGCACUGUCUAUGCCUUCAAGACCCGCAAGUGCCCCGAGAACUUCAACGAGGCCAAGUUCAUCGGCUUCACCAUGUACACCACCUGCAUCAUCUGGUUGGCCUUCCUGCCCAUCUUCUAUGUCACAUCCAGCGACUACAGGGUUCAGACCACCACAAUGUGUAUAUCAGUGAGUCUGAGCGGGUUUGUUGUGCUGGGCUGCAUGUUUGCCCCUAAGGUCCACAUCAUCAUGUUCCAACCCCAGAAGAAUGUGACCAGCCACCGGCUCAACCUCAACCGUUUCAGUGUCAGUGGCCCCGCCACUACCUAUGCUUCACAUGCAUCAGUGGGCGCCCACUACGUUCCAACAGUGUGUAACGGCAGAGAAAUCGUCGACUCCACCACUUCCUCUCUGUGACCCCUCUUCCUCUAACUACUGCUCUUUAGCGACUGUUAGCCAAUCAGCACACAUUGUGCUCCAUCCAAGAACUCCGCCCGUCCACAGUGUGUAGAAAGUGUGUAUUAUUAUUAUUAUUAUUAAAUUAUUUUUUAGGG